CUAAACCCCACCUCGUUUAUGUGUGGCAACAAAGCGUUACAAUUUUAUAAUAGUAAUAUCAAUUAUAAGUAUUAGAUUAUAAUCUGAAAUCGUGCGUUACCCACAAAAAUGGCAGAAAACAAACAAGAAGAGCAGCUGGACUUAUGCGAAGAGGCCAGGUUUGUGGAGGAAAACUCUGCAAAACUUAUUCAAGGGGGUUACUUCGGUGAUUCCAAUAGCAGAUGAACUGCGCAGCAAGGGCAUGAUGCACAACGAAAAAUAUGCAGAGAUCAAAAAGGAAAGAACAGAUCAAGAUCGAAUGAGAAAGCUCCUUGAAUCUUUAACUACCAGAGAAGUCAAAAAGGCCUUUUAUUAUUUGCUGGAAGAAAAUGAAGAACACCUCUUCAAAGAACUGGGUGGUGUCAGCAGGAAACGCAAGCUUUCUGAUCCUGAAUGCUCAGUGCCAUGUAAAAGACUUAAUACUGGGAUUAAUCAACAAGACAACCAUAACAUUGCUGGAAAUUCUGCAGCAUUACCAGCAAACAUAAACACUGUAAACAGAAUAUCAAUUGAACAAAGAUCUCUUCACAACAUGAGCCAUAUUAACAUCAUAAAUAAAACAGAAAGAAAACCCCAUGUACCAAAGAAAGAGAAGAAAACCAUCACAUCCAAGAAGGAGAAAAAGCCUCUCGCAAUAAAGAAAGAGAAGAAAACUCCUGCACCCAAGAAGGAGAAAAGGCCUCCUGCAAUAAAGAAAGAGAAGAAAACUCCUGCACCCAAGAAGAAAAAAACCACUGCACCCAAGAAGAAGAGUCCCGCACACAAGAUUAAGAAAACCCCUGCACCCAAGAAGAAGAAGACCCCUGCACCCAAGAAGAAGAAGACUCCCGUACACAAGAUUAAGAAAACCCCCGCACCCAAGAAGAAAACCCCUGCACCCAAGAAGAAGAAGACCCCGACACCCAAGAAGAAGACCAAUGUUUGAGUUCAUUUAAAAAUUAGAACAGGUCCAUCUCAGUAUGUGUUGCAUCCCUUGCUAUGGUUGUGCUGUUACUAUUUUUUUUUUUUAUAAAGAAAUUUGUUAAGAAUAUGAAUAUAAACCACCCCCAUAAAUAUCCAUUAGCCCCCUCACACAACAGUUUAGUUUAUUUUGUUAGGCCUGGAUGGGGACAGUGUGGACUUAUUUUGGCAUGCUCCCAAUAACCAUUACAUAUGAUCCAUUUUCCUGUAGAGCAGAACCUGAUUUUGAUGAGUUCUGCGUCUUCAUUGUGAUUAGUCAAUCAGAUUUUUGUGAAGUUUAGGCUUCUAUCUGUCAUUUCCUCUGAUUUUAGAUAUUAGUUCAGGUGUAGGUAAGCUAUGGUUUAGGUGUAGAGAUCUGGUCAAUUACGUACUAUUUUUUUGGAAAUGUUCUUCCAGGGUCAACAAAAUAUGUCAGAACUUGCUAAUAGGUGACUAAACUCAUGGUUAUUAAAAGAAAUAUUGACUGUUACUUUUACUUCAAACAGGGCUGCCAGAUUUUGAGUUUUUUCUCUCUCUCUUUAAACUGAACAAACCACAUAUACUUGUGGAUCAAGCAGAAGGAGGGCAACUCCUACCCUUAUGUCAAGGGGACACUCAUUUUACAGAGGACUAUUCAGAACUGGUUCCCUGGAUUGAGGGCAUAUUAAAGAUGUGCUUCUUAAGCAGGCUAGAUACUCACCUCCUCCAAUCAGAACCCAAAGAAAAUUCCAGUUGCUCAAUACACUGGAUAUUCAUUGUGUCUGAGCGGGUCCUCCCUAACAGAGGAGUAGGUUCAGGAGGAUGCCUACUUGACUCUUCUGUGCUCAUUCCUGAGUUAAUGUCAGUUGCCUUGAAGCCCAAGCCGGAACUGGCAUUGGAGGAAUUACUGAUUGACCUGUUUGCCAAAGAACCAAAAAAGUAGCAAAUAACCAACGUAGUUGUGUUCGGGUUGUCCAAUAGGAAAGUGUGUUCAAUGUAGGUAUGCUAACGCAAGCCAAUGACUGUUGAGCUUAAUGUUGCGUUGUGGCGUGAGUCACGUAAUAAGGAAGAACUUAUCGCACAUGGUGUGAGUGUGUGUUUCCGCAAUCUGUCGUCGGGAAAAGUUCAUAAUUAGUUCGGAGAACGGUUCAUAAUUCACUCAUGCCGCGUGUGACACUGGCCUAGCGGCCAUAUAAACGGUUAAACUCUGGAAGUCUCUUCGUGAAUCGACCGAACUUCUUGGUGCGUGAGGGACUGAGGCGACUUGUGUGCUUCGUCGCGGGGAGUGGAUCAGUUGUUCAUCGUGUUUUCCCGACGUAUCGUGACAGGACGUGGAGUGCUUAAGGAACAUAGGAUUGUUUCACAAAUUCUCAUCGGAAGAACGUAAGUGCCUUGUUCCCGUAAAGGAAUCGCUUGUUUUAAGUGCACCAACGAACUGGGCCCCAACGUGUACGAUCGAUCAAACAUUUCACUAUUUGACUGUUUUGCAUAUGGUUUGAGUUAAUUUGCAUAUUUGUAACACAAUAAAUCUUUGUUAUUCUUUUUUCUUUA